GCUCUUUCACUCACUCUUCCUUUUGCGUCAGAAUCAGAAGAAAAAAUUUCACACGAUUGAAUCGUAAAACUUUUCUUGCAAAUUUCCCCCAAAAAAGUGUUAACAAUAAGUUUACAACAAUCCAUACAAGUAUUUUAACAAAAAGUGUAUAUAAAACCAAUGGAAAAACUACUAUGAAACUCAAAAAUAUUGUGCCGUAGUUUGUGAACCGAGUGUGGAAAGGUGAACAAAAAAAAGUCAAGUGCUGCAUUUUUUUUUUACUGGACACCGACCGAUAUCUUAAAGCCCUGCUACCAAUCAAUUGUCGGCUGGGAAACACAAAAAAAAAACUACGAACAAAAAUGGAAACCGUAGUAGCUUUUAAUAAUGAGCUUUCGGGCCUCUAUGAAAGCAAACCUCCCAUAUCCAAAGCAAAAAUGGCCGCCAUAACCCGGUCGGCCAUGAAGGCUAUCAAAUUUUACAAACACGUUGUUCAAAGUGUUGAAAAAUUCAUUCUGAAAUGCAAACCAGAGUACAAAGUGCCUGGACUUUAUGUGAUUGACUCGAUUGUACGUCAAUCGCGCCAUCAAUUUGGACCAGAAAAGGAUGUGUUUGCUCCACGCUUUGCCCGCAAUAUGAAGGAGACUUUUGCGAAUUUAUUUCGCUGUGCCCCCGAGGACAAAAGUCGCAUUAUACGUGUACUCAAUUUGUGGCAAAAGAACAAUGUAUUUGCCCCGGAAGUUAUACAGCCAAUUUUUGAUUUGGCCGAUCCCAAUCAUCCCAUAUACUCAAUGCCACCUGCCACUGCAGCUAGUUCCAGUGGUAUGACCAGUUCGGCCGCAGGCGAUACUUCGCAGGCAAAUGGUUUGAACACUUCGGGCAGCUCAAUGGAUGUCAGCAUGGGAGCUCCGGGAGCAAGUCAAGCAGGCGAUGAUAAAAUGGCAGGAAGUUCCGGCGGCUUGGCAGAUUUAUCGUCUGUUGUAAGUCCACACGAAAGAGCUGCGCGUAACACCAGCAACAGACAAUUGGAACACAAACAACAUAGUAAACGUUCAAACAAUUCGGCAAAUAUGGCUUCUUCGUCGACUUCUAAAUCUCGUGAGCAUUCAAAAUCAACAUUGGAAUCCAUCAAAAUACAUCACCCGGAAACCUAUAAUAAAUAUCAGCGAAGUUCACAUGAUUAUGAGGACAGUCAUCAUAUGGCCGAUGAUGACGAUGCCAGUAGUGUGGAAUUGGAAAAUGCCAAGAAUUCCAAUAGCCUUUUGGAUAACAACAAUUUGAAACAACUGCUGAAUGAUCCCAAUGUACUGCGACAAUUGCAAACUUUGCAAAAUUUUACAAAAUUCAAACAAGAUGACAAACAACACACUUUACGUUUACAAGAGGAGGCAUUCGAGAAACAUUUGCAAAAUGUUUUAAAGAACUCAUCUGCUGGACCUUCAAAUCAAGAGUCCAAAGAAGUGGAAUUUGUAUCGGAAGAAAUGGGUAUAGAGGUUAUCAAUUUGGAUGGCAAUGAUUCCCGCAGUCCCACUCCCGACAGGGAUCGAUACAAGAGGCGCCGUAGCCGCAGUCGCAGCCGUUCUCGUUCGCGUGACCGUGGAGGUAGACGUGGCAGACGUAGCCGUUCUCGCUCUCGCAGUCGUUCGCCUCGUUCUAAUCGCCGGCGCACCUCAAGGGAAAGAGAGCGUAGCAAUCGAGACAAGGAAAAGGAUCGUGAACAUGAGCGUGAGCGCCGCAAGAAGGGUUUGCCGGACAUUAAAAAGGAACAUUUGAGUGUUUGCAGCACAACUCUAUGGGUUGGUCACCUUUCCAAAUUGGUCUAUCAAGAGGAACUUUCGGACACUUUUGGCGAAUAUGGUGAUAUUGUGAGCAUUGAUCAAAUAGUGCCACGUGGUUGUGCAUUCAUUGUCAUGAAUCGUCGCCAAGAUGCCCACAAGGCUAUGCAAUGCUUGAAGAAUCACAAACUACAGGGUCGUGCUAUAACCAUUUCCUGGGCUGCUGGCAAAGGAGUGAAGAGCAAGGAAUGGAAAGACUUUUGGGACUUGGAAUUGGGUGUAACCUAUAUACCAUGGAGUAAAUUGGAUGAAAGUACCGAUUUCGAUGCAUUGGAGGAGGGAGGCAUGUUUGAUGAAGACACCAUGCCCGGUUGGAUGAAGGAGAAAAAGCAAACUUUAAAGAACUUACAGGAGAAAUCAAAAGAGUCGGCUAUAGCGGGCAUUAAUUUGCCUGGUGCGACCAAUAUGCCACCUGGAAAUCCUCCACUGUUGUUUAACAUCGAUACGACACAACCGCCACCUGGACCUCCACCCACAGGUGGGCCACCACCCAUGAUGCCCAUGGUGCCGGGUCAGUUUUCGAUGGCUCCACCAAGAAUGAUGGGAGCACCGCAUAUGGGAAUGCCCAUAUCUGGUUUGCAUAUGCCCCCAAAUAUUGUACCUCCACAUGCUGCAAUGAUGAUGAUGCCUGGUUUUGGUAUGGCCGGUCAGGUUCCUCCGGGCGGAGGACCACCACCCAUGGCUCCACCACAUUUGCCACCUAUGGGGGCACCUCACAGACACCCUGCUCAGUUUCCACCCCCAAUUGGUAGUGCUCCUCCUGCAACACAAAUGUCCACUAAUGUUUCUAGCGACGACCAAAUGGAUAUAGAAAUGGACGAGGAGGAUGGUGCCCCAUCAACGGAGACCACUGCAGCACCUCCAGCCAGUGCUAAUGCAUUAAAUUUCAAUCAACCUCCGCCAUCAUUUAUUGGUGGCAAUGCAAAUACUCACGAGGAUCCUGCAACUGGUGGAAAUUCGGGCGUUGAAAUCUUUGGCCGUGAACGGAAUCGUGGUGGCGGUGGUGGGGCCGGCAAUGCCGGUCCUCCGGGUUCACGUUGGGGUGGACGAGGUGGCGUUAUUGGUGGAAAUGAUGAUGGCAACGAGGGUGGUGGUGGCGUUGGUGGAAGAUGGCGCGAGAACGGUUCAGGUGGAGGGCCACCACAGCACAAUUUCGGUGAAGGUGGUGGACGUAACCGGCAAGACUUCAUGAAUGACUUUGAUAAUAGAGGUGGACCCCGUGGGGGACCCAAUUUUAAUGGUGGAGGUGGCGGCGGAGAUUUCCAUCCCAAUAUGCAAAAUCGUUUUAAUCAACCGACUAAUUUGAUGCAGAUGCGUAUUCCACCUCCAAAUGCAUUUAACCAGAGAGGCGGUCAUGGCGGUCCCGGGGCACAUGGUGGACCGGGCGGACAUGGUCCCGGUGGUCCAGGUGGACAUGGACCCGGCGGCCAUGGCGGCCCCGGAGGACCGCCCAUGUUUAUGCGUGGUCAAGGAGGUCCAGGAGGACCAGGUGGGCGGCCACAAGGGCCAGGAUUCUUCAAUAGAAACAAUGUGUUCGACAGAGGAGGAGACAUGGGUGGAUUUGGUGGUCGCGGAGGUGGCCGCGGUGGGCGAGGCGGCGGCCGAGGUGGUCGAGGAGGUGGUAUGGGUGGCGGCAGAGAUAGAGAUGGUCCCAACUGGAGUGAUGAGGAAGAAGACAAUGCCUUCAAAAGGCGCGGAGGUGGUGUUGGUGGCAAUCGUUUCCGUGACAGGGAUGAUAACCACGAUCGUCAUGCCAUGCGCGGUGGCCGUGGAGGACGUGGCGGCCCCGGCGGUCCUGGAGGUAAUAGAGACGUUGAACGUGAUAGGGAUCGGGAGAGUCGUAGCAAGAGUCGAGGUUUGUCACAGGAAAAAAGUCGCCGCAUUUCACGAGAUGACAAGAAAAUGUCGAAACCACCAAUCAGUGAUACCGAAGAAGAUUGGGACAAGGAAUUGGACGAUUAUGAUGGCAAGAAUGACACAAAGAAAACAAACGAAGGCAAUGCUUUCAAAGCUGAUGAUAGGAAUAACCGCAAUAAUGCUUUUAAAGGAGGCGAUCGGAAUGAUCGAAACAAACCACCAUUUAAAGGAGGCGAUGACAGGCAAAAUAAAAACAAUGCCUUCAAAGAUGACGAUAGAAAUGAACGCAACAAAACUGAUGUUGAUACACCCAUGAAAGUACAAUUGGGCAACAAAAAGCAUGAUGUCGAUGAAGAAAAUUGGGACAACGAUGAUGAUUAUAAUCGUCCAAUGGCGACGACAAACGAACAAACUGCCCCAUUAAAAGCAUCAUCCCCUCAACCAACAACUUUGGCAACAGAUACUCAAAAACAGGAUGACAUGAAUAAGGACAGUGGUAAUGGUUCUCAAAAAAUUUCGAGUUUUGAGGAUAAGAAGGAUAGAGAAGCGCCAGCAGCGGCGACUCCACAAAAUACUGCUACUGUUGCAGCGACUCCACAAAAUAUUGCUACUGUUGCAUCAGCUUCUGCACCAACUCCGGUUAAUGAAGCUCCAGCUAAAAGUGAAGCUGCACCUAUGACUGAAGUUGCGCCCAAGAUUGAGGCUCCUCCUAAGUGCGAAAUUCCCCCAAAGAGUGAAGAACCCCCAAAGGUAGAUGCUGCCCCCAAGAGUGAGGCUCUGGCCCCACCACCAACACCAGUGGUUGAAACCCCAGCACCCACUAAAGCGGUGGAACCACAACCAGCUCCUGCGCUAGUCUCAGAAUCGACGACGCCAGCCACUGAAUCUGCACCAGAACCAGCUUCUGCCACUGAAGCCUAAUCUAACUUGGAUAAAAACUCAUGCGAGAUUUUAACUGUAAAUUAGUUUUAUUGAUGACCGAACGAUCGAUCAAUCACUUACAAUUCAUGUCACGUCAUGUCAGAGGAUAGAAAGCUAACACAAUUUGGAAGCAUUGUCCGUACAAAUAACCAUGUUGCUGCAUAAAAUGACGUCGCCCUCACACGCAACAUACAUACACACACACAUACACAAACAAACAAAUACAUUAAUAGAGAUGAUUACGCGAUAGUUGUUCAUUAUAAAAAUGAAUAUAUGCAUAAAGUUAGAUUAACUUUUUUAAGAGUUUUUCUACAUAUGUUGUAGAUUUAAUUUAUAUAUUUUCCAUUUUAGUCCCAAUAUGAUUAUAUCAUUAUUUAAGAUUUUUAUUGUUUGUAUAAAAAAUAUGAUAUCUCUGCUAAAGAAUGAACCAGAGUUCAAGGGUAUUUGGUUGCAUAUUUGGAUUACUUAUUUACGCUACGUAUUUUUACCUCCAACCUCACUCACACAACCACCCACCCAACAGCAUCUGUUCAUAAUACCAAUUGCCCAGAGACUCCACCCAUCCACAACGUACGUUACUACUCAAGAAAUGAUCAAAACAGACUACACCAUCUACUAACAGACAUAAGAUAAACACCAUCAAAUGCUGCAAUUGUUCUGCAUAAGAUAGAACAAAAAAACACACACACACACACACAGACACAAGGAAAAGGAAAAGUGACUACCACCACCAUAUUAUAUAUUUAUAUACAUAGAUGUACUAAUGCGCUUCUCUUCUUCUUUAUUGUUUUAAGACAUGUAGCCCUUAAAAUAAUUCCUUAUUCAAAUCUAACCUAACUUUAAUAUUCAAGGAAAA